ACGUAACCCCAAAGAACGGAAAUAGGACUCUCCCUGAACGAAACCCAGAAGUUGCUCAGGGUAACUGUUAGUUCAGCAUCGCUUUAUUGACUCUGGCUGAACUUAUCAUAGAAUACAAGCAAGUUAGAGCUGAAAGGCUUGAACUCUGUAGGUCGGUGACGGACGCGUAAUGAAGUGAAGUGAAGCCAAGUUCUUGUCGCUUAAAGGAGGCGUAAAGCAGCGAGGGACGGACGGAAGAUGCUGAUCACUUUCCAGGAUGAGUGAUGGUGGGAAGGAUGAGGAGGCCAGAGCGGCGUCGCUGGCGUCUGUGUGUCAGACGCAGAUGAGCGACCACUCCAAAGAGAGUCCUCUCGCCUUCAGGAGGGAAUCUGAACAACUACCUGCUAAAGGGAGCAAAAGGAGCAGUGGUGUCAUCCAGGAGCAGCUGCCGUGUUGCGUUUGGUGCCAGGAGGUGUUGGAGGAACCGCUCUCUGCGCUCUGCAGGCAAUGCACCGAGUCCAACCAGGAUCAGUGCAGAUCAACAGGACAGGUGUCGUGCCCCCAGGGUGUUAAAAGGUCCAGAGAAGGUCCUGAAGAGCAGACAUCUACAGAACCAACGAGUGACAGUCUGCAGGAGGUUUCACACAGUCACAAGCGCAGUCUUAAAGCAAGAUGUGAAUUUGCCAUAGAGGGAACUGCUGAAGCAACACCUCAGACCAAGCUGAGGAGGAUCUACACUGAGCUGUACAUCACCGAAGGCCAGUGUGAGGGCGUUAACAUCCAACAUGAGGUGUGGCAGCUCGAGGGCAUAUCCAAAAUGGAGUCGCUUCCCGACACCCCCAUCAAAUGCCACGACAUCUUCAAGGUCCUCCCUGGCCGGAGCGGGUCCAUCAGAGUGGUCCUGACCAACGGCAUCGCCGGCAUCGGAAAAACCUUCUCGGUGCAGAAGUUCGCUCUGGACUGGGCCGAGGGCCUGGAAAACCAAGACGUCACCUUCGUGAUUCUGCUGUCGUUCCGGGAGCUGAACCUGAUCAGAGACCAGCGCUACAGUCUGCUGGGGCUGCUGCGCGAUUUUGAUCCGACACUGCGGUCGGUCACAGCAGGAAGCCUCGCUCUCGCCAAAGUCCUGCUGAUCUGUGACGGCCUGGACGAAAGCAGGCUUCUGCUGGACUUCCACCACAACGAGGUGGUGUCCGAUGUCACGCAGACGUCAUCGGUCAACGUCCUCUUGACAAACCUCAUCCAGGGGAACCUGCUUCCCACGGCCCUCCUUUGGAUCACCACCAGACCCGCGUCAGCCCGUCAGAUCCCGUCGUCCUAUGUCGAUAGGGUGACAGAGGUCCGAGGCUUCACGGACUCCCAGAAGGAGGAGUACUUCAGGAAGAGGUUCAGCGAAGAGUCCGUGUCCAGCAGCAUCAUCUCACACAUCAAGGCCUCCAGGAGCCUCUUCAUUAUGUGCCACAUCCCGGUUUUCUGUUGGAUCACGGCUACCGUUCUGGAGCAUAUGUUGGCUGCAGAACAAGAAGAACUUCCCAAGACUCUGACGGAGAUGUACUCUCACUUCCUGCUGGUUCAGACCAAGAGGAAGAAGCAGAAGUAUGACGGGGGGCAGGAACCAGACCAGAAGAAGAUCCACAUGGACAGAGAGCUCCUCCUGAAGUUGGGGACACUCGCAUUCGAACAUCUUGAGAAAGGGAACAUCAUGUUCUACCAAGAGGACCUGGAGCGAUGCGGCCUGGAUGUUAGAGAGGUGUUAGUGUUCUCAGGGCUCUGCACGGAGAUCUUCAAACGAGAGCGCGUGCUCUUCCAGAAAACCAUCUACUGCUUCGUUCAUUUGAGCAUUCAGGAGUUCCUCGCGGCUGUUUACAUGGUCCACUGUUACCUGAACAGGAACACGGCGGUGCUGACGACAUUCCUGGGAGAGGAGUGGAGUGGGAACAGCAGCGACCUGGGUCUGGACAGCAUCCUGGGCCGCGUCGUGGACAAGGCUCUAAGCAGUAGAAAUGGCCACUUGGACCUCUUUGUUCGCUUCCUUCACGGCCUGUUGCUGGAAUCCAACCAGCGCAUCUUGGGCCGUCUGCUGGGCUGGAAAGGCUCCGGGACGGAGAGCAUCCAGAGAGCAAUAAACAACCUGAAGAAGAUGGACGCUUACGACGUGUCCCCGGACAGAAGCGUCAACGUCUUCCACUGUCUGAUGGAGAUGAGGGAUCACUCGGUGCGUCAGGAGAUCCAGGAGUAUCUGGAGUCGGAGAGCGGGUCAGUGAAGAAACUCACCAAGACCCACUGCUCAGCUCUCGCCUACAUGAUACAGAUGUCCGAAGAGGUUCUAGACGUGCUGGACCUGAAGAAGUACCGCGCGUCAGGGGACGGGAGGAGGAGGCUGCUGCCAGCUGUGAGAAACUGCAGGAGCGCUCAACUGUCCUACUGUGGACUCUCCGAGCCGCAUUGUGAGGUGCUGUCCUCGGCUCUGAUGUCCAACCCGUCUCACCUGCGAGAGCUGGACCUAAGUGAGAACGACUACAUCCUGGAUUCAGGAGUGAAGCUGCUGUCCGUCGGCCUGCAGAGUGCAAACUGCAGGCUGGAGAUACUGAGGUUGAAGAACUGCAGUCUGUCAGGGAGUUGCUGUGAUGCUCUGGCAUCGGCCCUGAAGUCUCCCUCCUCCAGCCUGAAGGAGCUGGACCUCAGCAACAACAACUACCUGGAGGAUUCAGGGGUGAAGCUGCUGUGCCCAGGGCUCGAGAGUCCGAACUGUAAGCUGGAGACUCUGAGGUUAAGUUGCUGCCGGUUGUCAGACAGCUGCUGCACACAUCUGGCCUCAGCUAUAAAGUCCAACCCGUCCCAUCUGACCGAGCUAGACAUGAGUAAUAACAAACUCAAGGAUCUGGGAGUAAACCUCCUGUCUGCUGCUUUGGGAGGUCUUCAGUGCAGAGUGAGGACUCUGAGGCUUGAUAGAUGUGGGGUGACGGAGAACUGCUGCUCUUCUCUGGCCUCGCUGAUGAAACGCAACUCCUCCACUUUGAGGGAGCUGGAACUGAGCAGCAACGACCUGCAGGAUUCAGGCGUGAAGCUGCUGUGUGAAGGACUCAGGAGUCCACAGUGUGGCCUGGAGGCGCUGAGAUUAAGGGACUGCUGGUUGUCAGAGGGCUGCUGUAAAUCUCUGGCUACAGCUUUAAUGUCCAGUCCCUCCAGUCUGAGGGAGCUGGACCUAAGUGACAAUGAUCUUCAGGAUUCAGGAGUGGAGCUGCUGUCGGCCGGUCUGGGGGGUCCAGGCUGUAGACUGGACACUCUGAGGAUGAGUUCCUGUCACGUGACGGACGACGGUUGUGCUUCUCUGGCGGCGGCGCUGAAGAGGAACCCGCGUUAUCUGAGAGAGUUGGACCUGAGUAAAAAUAACCAGCGGCCGUCGGGCCUGAAGCUGCUCUCUGACCUAGUUACCAGUUCACACCACAGACUGGAGACGCUCACGUCAGUGCAGAUUUAAGGGAAUGAGACCGAUGGAUCAGCACUUUGUAAAGGGCCAGUGAGCGUCUGAGAAACGUCCACUUCAGCAUCACAGUACGACCAAUGGUCACAACCAAACAAGACUGUGCUUUUUGGUAAAAAAAUAAAAUAAACUGUUAUUUGAAUAGAUAAGUCGUCAACAUUUGACCUGCUUGUCUGAUGCACCAGGGAAGAAUCACAUUUCCAGGAAACACUAUUGAUCAGGCUUCAGUGAUCUACAAACUGCAGAUGUUACAGCGUUUGUUAACCUGGUGCCGUUGUUACCUCUCACUGAGAGACACUUUAUCUGUAGAAGCUCACCUUCCUUAUUAUUCGUUUGUUUGUAAACAAAUUGCAUUGUAAUUCACAUAGACUGUACAUUUAUUAUGCUUGACUUUAAUAAUAUAAAAUAAAAAUGUAAUUUUUU